UGAACCCUGCCACUUCGAGUAUCUCGGCCUCGUGCCCGUCACCAUGGACGAGGCCAGAUCCGGAGGCACGACUCAAAUGUGAACCCUCCUCCCACUUCAAGUCUCUACAGCUUGAGCUCGUUGAAGAUAUCCGCAAGAGUUGUUCUGUUUCUUCCUCUUUAGUCCUGUUUCUACUGAUAAAGAAAAGACGAAGCUAUCUAUGGAGACCAAGACUGAAUUUGUCGAGGGGAAGGUGGAUUGGAAGGGAAGAAAAGCUUUGAAGCACAAACAUGGUGGGAUGAGGGCUUCUUGGCUCAUUCUAGGGGCACUUAGCUUGGAGAUCGUGGCGACUUUGGCACUCGCUGUCAACUUGGUGACAUACUUCAAUGGAGUGAUGCACUUUGAGCUAGCUGAUGCAGCUAACCAGCUCACAAACUUCCUGGGGACUUGUUUCAUCCUCCCCAUACUUGCAGCCAUUCUCGCCGACACUUUCAUCGGCAGAUUCAAGACCGUCCUCAUUUCAGCCUCAAUCGAAUUCCUGGGACUGGCACUCCUAACAGUGCAAGCUCACUAUCCGAAGCUUCGACCGCCGCCGUGCAAUGUACUUGAUCCCACUUCCCACUGUGAGAAAAUCAGCGGCGGAGAUGCUGCUUUCCUAUUCCUCGGCUUAUACUUGUUGGCCACUGGCAGCGCGGGCAUGAAGGCCUCCCUGCCAGCCCAUGGUGCCGACCAGUUUGACGAGAGAGAUUCAAGGGAGGCAAGGCAGAUGUCUACCUUCUUCAACUGCUUCUUUCUGUCUGUGUGCACCGGGGGGAUGGUGAGCCUGACGCUUGUUGUCUGGAUCCAAGAUAACAAAGGAUGGGACUGGGGGUUCGGCCUGUCUACCAUUGCCAUGAUCGUGGCAAUAAUCAUCUUUGCCGCGGGAUUGCCGCUGUACCGGAUUCAGAUAGUUCAGAAAUCUAGCACCAUCAUCGAAAUCAUUCAGGUAUAUGUAGCUGCAAUCAGCAAACGAGAUCUUCCACUUCCCGAGGACCCAACAGAGCUUUAUGAACUUGAUAAAGAUGGAGAAGCUGCCUCGGAAGCAGAAUUUUUACCUCACACCGACAAUUUCAGGUUUCUUGACAAAGCAGCCAUUCGGAAAACUUCACCAGUGCAAUUCGGAGGUGAGAAAGUGCUGAAUCGAUGGGCGUUGUGCACGGUCACACAAGUGGAGAAUUCCAAGAUCAUAAUAGGCAUGGUCCCUAUCUUCUGUUGCACCAUCAUCAUGACCCUAUGCCUUGCUCAGCUCCAAACCUUCUCCAUCCAACAAGGCCUAACCAUGGACACAAGCAUCACUAGCUCCUUCCACAUUCCGCCAGCCUCCCUGCCCGUCAUGCAGACCACUUCCUUGAUCGUCAUCAUCCCGGUCUAUGACCAGGUCUUUGUACCCUUUGCACACAAGCUCACAGGCCACCCGGCCGGCAUCACGCAACUGCAGCGCAUUGGGGUUGGCCUGGUCCUGUUCUCUGUCUCAAUGGCCGUGGCUGCAGCUGUUGAGGUCAAGCGAAAAGCUGUGGCGAGGAACCACCACAUGCUCGAUGCGGUGCCUGUGCUCGAACCUCUCCCAAUCAGCACGUUCUGGCUGUCCUUCCAGUACCUCAUUUUCGGGAUCGCGGACAUGUUCACAAACGUGGGGCUCCUUGAGUUCUUCUACUCUGAAGCGCCGAAGGGGCUCAAAUCAGUCUCGACUUGCUUCCUCUGGAGCUCCAAGGCACUCGGGUACUUCUUCAGCACGAUAAUGGUAAAGAUUGUGAACAGCGCGACAAAGGGGAUAACAAGGAGCGGAGGCUGGUUGGCUGGGAACAACAUUAACCGGAACCAUUUGAACCUGUUCUACUUGUUGCUUUCCAUGCUUAGCUUGAUCAACUUCUUCGUCUAUUUGAUUGUUGCGAGGAGGUACCGGUACAGGACUAAGUCGCCGGUGAGAACAACACCAUGUGAGGAAGUGAGGGAUAAUAAUGUGGAAGAGUCAAAUUGAAUCACAUCAGAAGUUGAAUGUUGCUACAGUUUGGUGUUCUGAGAUAUCAUUUGGUGUUCAUGACUGGAAGCAAUUGGUAAUUGGGGUGCAAUGAUGACGACUAGCACUUGUGAUCUUCCCAUAACGAUCUAUUUUAAUGUUAAUUUCUCUUCUUAAUGAUAA